CGAUAAAUGAAUCGUAAAUGUUGAUUGAGAUUGAGAGAAAGGGAUAAAUCAUUUCAUUUUGCUGAAUGGCUAUCGAUUCAAGAUAAUAACAACAAUGGUUGAUACGAAUAAAAUUUAUGAUAAUUUUGAUGAAACAAAGUCUUCAUCAUCGUUAUCUUCUUCCACAUCCACAUCUUCAUCAUCAAAAUUAUUAUCAUCAUCGUUAUUAUCAGCGACAACGAAACAACAACAAAAAUCCAAUUGGCAUUAUGUAAUAUCUGGUUUUUUAUCCGGUUGUGCAACACGUUUCAUAUGUCAACCAUUAGAUGUACUUAAAAUACGUUUUCAAUUACAAAUUGAACCAAUAUCACGUUCAUCAUCAAUAUCAAAAUAUCGUUCAUUAACACAAACAUUUUCCUGUAUUAUAAAGGAAGAAACAGUGUUUGCAUUAUGGAAAGGACAUGUUUCAGCACAAAUGUUAUCCGGUAUUUAUGGGAUGGCAUAUUUUUCAUCAUUUGAAAUUCUUACCCGUUUAACAUUAAAAUGGCUAAUCGAUCAUGAAGAAAUUAUUUCACAUAAAUAUGUAAUGCAAUCACAACCAUUAGUACAUUUUAUUUGUGGUAGUAUGGCCGGUUUUACUGGUACAUUAUUAUCACAUCCAUUUGAUGUUAUUCGUACACGAAUGGUAUCACAAUCCGAACCGAAAACUUAUCAUACAACCGGACAGGCAUUUAUGACUAUUGCAAAACAUGAAGGACGUGUUGGUUUAUAUCGUGGUUUUCUACCAACAUUAAUGCAAAUAAUGCCAUUUUCUGGUGCACAAUUUGCAACAUAUAAUAUAUUUAAAGAACGAUGGCAACAAUAUUAUCAUGCUGAUCAUUUAGCAAUAAAUAUUGGCUAUAAACAUGGCCAUGAAAUUCAUAUACAAUCAAGUUUUUUUUGUGGUGCAUUAUCCGGUAUGGUAGCAAAAUUUUUAGUAUAUCCAUUAGAUUUGGUUAAAAAACGUUUACAAAUACGUGGUUUUGAAACUGGAAGAGGUAAUAAGUUUGGUAAAACUGUUCAUUAUGAAGGUUUUAUACAUUGUAUUACACAUACAAUACAAACGGAAAAUUUGGCCGCUUUUUAUAAAGGUAUGAUACCAAGUAUUUUUAAAUCAACAUUAUCAACAGCAUUACAUUUUUGGCUAUAUGAAUCGUUGGUAAAAAAACUUAAUAAUUCCGAUUAAAAAAAUGCUCAAAACAGAAAAUAUAUAUUUACCGGUGUAAAUUUGAUGGUCAAAGA